GCGCGAGCGGGGCAGGCUCUGAAUGAGUGUGUGCGCGCGCGAGGGGAUAAUUAAAGCAAGGAGCAGUGAUCAAAUUUUAAUUUAUUUUUUACAGUCGUCGUACAGUCUGAUUCAAUACGUUCGCAACGACAAAUAACAGCUAUUUCACCAUGGUUGCAACUAAUACGCUGAAGAACAAAAACGCGGAAUGCUUCUCGGAGCUGGUAGAACGUAGAUACGACCAUGAGCAGGCUUACAUUGAAGAUGACUUGGAGUACUGGGAUCACAGCCUGUUGGAGCCCAACAUGAACAGCGAGGUGUACGAGGACCGGACAUGCCAGCAGCUGGCGAAGAUGUUCGAGAACUGCCUGUCGCGAGCCAAGAAGACCAAGCUGCACUGCUCGGAGGUGCUGGUGCCCGAGAAGCUGACCCGGCGGAUAGCCCGGGACGUCCUGCGCAUGGCGUCGGGCGAGCCCUGCGGCCUGAGGGGCUGCGUCCUGCACGUGCUGCUGGAGGUGGAGAACAUGUGCAAGAAGCUGGAGCGCAUCGCCUACGACCCCAGCGUGGUGCCCACCUUCGAGCUCACGCUGGUGUUCAAGCAGGACGGCAGCGCCUGGCCCAGCCUCAGGGACUUCUUCCUCAUCGGGGCCUGCUUCACCCCCGGCUUCCGCCACGCGCUCAAGCUCAGUCCCGGCUUCCGCCUCAUCAAAAGGAAACUGUACUCUUCCUCGGCUGGUACUGUUGUAGAGGAGUACUGAGGACA